AUGGCUACGCGUAGCAGCUCCGCCGAUGCGGCUCUGGGUGGCGGGGGCGCUGACACGGGCGUCCCCGGCGCUGCUCGCGUCUCUUCCCGAGGGCCGACGCCGGUCCUGCGCAGCAUCAAGCGCACCGUCAUGCAGGAGACAGUCAGCAAAUCCGUCACGGAGCGCAAGGCGAGCACCAAGCAGGUCACGGACAAGACUACGGGUACCGAGCAGCGUCACGACUCCCACAUCCAAACGAACACCAGCGAAGAAGUCAGCAGCAAGCGACAAGAAGAGACCAUCGAGUUGUACGAUGGGGUCGUCCACCAUGCCGCCGGAGUCGCGACUUCCGAGCCGACGCUCGCCGAACGCGUUGCGGUGCCUCACCAGGUGGAAACCUCCGUUCCGGACCUGACCGGAUUCAGCGCGUCCUCCCCUGAGAAAAAGACCAAGCUCCCGGUGACCAUCCGUGUGAAGGACGACGAACAGGCGGCCCCCGAGGUCAAUGCGGCGGGCACACCCGAAGAGAGUACUUUGCCGACGACCUCCAUCCUACGUUCCAUGUCUCAGGAUGACUCGGAGAAGCGGCCGGGCCACAGGCUCGGCUGGCACCAGGAGGACAAAAUCCAACCGUUCAGCCGGUCCCUGCUUCCACCCCCGGUUCCAAGAGAAGCUAAGGACGAGGAAGAAGAGGAUGAAGUCGCCGAACCGCCGCCUUCCAGACUCAACAUGCGACGCAAAGACUCGAUUGCUGUGACCAAGCUUCGCAUCAUGCGACAGCAAGAACAUCCGUCGCUGGAAGAAGAUCUGACCGAAGAGGAGUUGAGCCCGACCUCCCCCGAUAAGAAACACCCGUCUUUUCUGCCUGCUACGGUCAUCAGUAUUAUCUCCGAACAGGCCGAGGAGGAGUCGGAACUUCCCGUCUCCGCCUUUAACCACAAGCCUGACGUUCCAAGCGAAGAGCAGCCUGUGGCGAGUUCUACGGAGGCGGUUCUUGCAACGAAGGUACCCGAGACGGCGGUUGUCUCACUAGAGGAGCACUCGUCUGAGACUACGCUGGAACAAGCAAAACCUGAUUCAGAACAAGGGAAGGAAGAAGUAAAGAAUUCCUCCUCGGAGACCCUCCAAACUUCACAGAGGCCGAUGCGCGUCGAGGAGAUCGAUAGUACGACUGAUGUGGUGUCAUCGAAGACUGAGAAGGUAGCAACGUACGAGAACGCGAGUGUUACUAGCACCGAGGUCAACCAAGUGGUGAAGAAGAAACAGUCCUCGCUCGAGAUCGUUGGCCAAGAAGCGGAGCGUUCAGGGCCUCCUGCUCCGUUGGUAGCCACGGUCGUGGAAGACGUUUCAACUCACCUUCAAACGCCCAUGGACAAGAAAGGCGCCAAGAAGCCCAUGUUUAAGGAAGAUUAACGGACCAUCCCACCAUCUUCCUCAGCGAAGAGAAUGUGUUGCUCCGUUCUGUGGUAUACGAUCAAUCUGCACCUCUCUUUUUUCGGUUCAGCGAUGUGUAGAUGUGUCUUUUCGACGUCGCUGGCCGACGGUGCUCCGACGCGAAGGUAACAAUCUCCCUCAAACACCUUUCAGUUCUGCUUUUCCUUUUCUUUUUAGCCUGUGCCCCGUGUAUUUUAUUGUUCAGGUUCGGCUUUCAAUUUUUGAGUCUUGUGGUGCCUCCCGUCGUCUAGCGGGAGUGUCAAGCUGUGAAGGGCAUCGGGAUCGCUUCAAGUGCGCGCAAACAAAGGAAGGGGGCCAAGCGGCGCUUCGCAGCCGCGAAUCGCUCUGACGGCGAGGCCGGAAAUUUCUGCAGCUGACGUCGAGUGUCGAGUUUCGAGGAGGAUUUGUUGAGUGGAUGGGGUGGGGCUUGGCCGCCCCCUUUGGCGGUGCGCCCGCCUAAGCGGCUCCUCGUUCCCGAGGUGCCUGUUUGUUCAUCCCUCCGUUUUGGAAGGCGAUCCGACCGAGUGGCCCCGACGUGAGGGCUCUUGUCCAAAGGCUAGACACCAGCGCGUCCAGGAAAA